AUGGCCAAAGCAAAUGGUUUUGCUGAGAAAGACUGCAAGAAAGAGAUCAACGACAUCGUCAAAUACCCGCAGGAAUCCAUUCCCAACCAGAGCUUUCCCUUUGGCUAUCUCACAGGUUUCCACGUGCUCUCUGAGGUCUUCGAAGCCGACAAGCCAGGUUGCCCUGCCGAGUUCUUGAACAUGCGUAUCCCUAAAGGAGAUCGGGUGUUUGACCCUUCAAAGUCCGGGGGUGUCGUUUUGCCCUUCCAGCGCAUGCAGUGGCUGGAGGGAACCGGACAAAGCCCUAACAGUCCCCGGGAUCAGGUAAAUGCUGUUACGGGAUGGCUGGACGGCAGCGCAAUCUACGGCCCGUCGCAUUCCUGGAGUGAUUCUCUGAGGACUUUUUCUGGAGGGAUGUUGGCUUCUGAAACUGACCCGGGACUUCCAAGGCAGUCACAGGCAUCCAGCUUAAUGUGGAAGGCUUUGGAUCCAGCCACCGGACAGGGUGGGCCAAAAGGGAUCUACGACUUUGGAAGUGCCAGAGGAAACGAAAACCCCUUCCUGCAAGCCAUGAGCAUCGUCUGGUUCCGCUACCACAACUACUGGGCACAGAAGCUUGCCAGGGAGAAUCCCAGCUGGUUAGACGAAGAUCUGUUCCAACACGCACGAAAAAGGGUCGUGGCCACUUACCAGAAAAUUGUGCUGUACGAAUGGCUCCCGACCUUUCUGAGAAGCAACAUCGCGGAAUAUGAAGGUUACAAGCAGCAUAUCGAUUCCAGGAUCUCUCCUGAAUUCCUGGCGGCUUCCGCACUCUUCCUGGGCACCAUGGUCCCUUCCGGAGUCUACAUGAGUCAGCUUCUGAUCAUCUGCUGCGUUCCUGCACCAGGUUUGGUUAGAUCAAGCCUGGUGCAGAGACAUGGCCGAAAUUACUGGUACGGGACAGUGAAGUACUCCCGCACUGACUUCGUGGCCAGCUGGAUCCAGCGUGGGCGGGACCUUGGUUUGCCCACCUAUAACAAAGCCAGGCAGUUCUUCCAACUCGACCCUGCUGAUGACCGGUGGAAAAUCUUUCAGAAGAACCAGACGCUAAUCGAGGGACUCGCGGCCCUCUACGGAAAUGACACAGACCGUCUGGAACUGCUGCCUGGGGCUUUGCUGGAAGCUAACAGAACCCUUUUCCACGCUAUCAUGAAGGACCAGUUUGUUCGCCUGAGAGAUGGAGACCGGUUCUGGUUUGAAAACACCAAGAACGGGUUAUUCUCUUCCGAAGAGAUUGACACCAUUAAAAACACAUCAUUCCAUGAUGUUCUUGUUGCUGUCACCUAUGUGAAUUCAACCGAAAUCCAAGCAGAUGUGUUCCUCUGUAACAGCGGAGAUCUGUACCUCCAGUCCCAACAGUUAACCACGCAACAUCUGCCGCCCUGCGUGUCCCUAACCACGCUGGAUUACUUCAAAGGGAGCGUGCCCGGAUUUGUGAUUCUCAUCAUUGCGCUCUGCUGUUUACCUUUAGUGAGUUUGCUCAUUGCUUGGAUUGUCGCCUUCGCCCGGAGGAGAGACUUCAAGAAGCUGCAGAAGGGGCAACGCCCCAGCGUACGGUCGGAAGCAUUUUCAGGGGGGUUAUCAGCUUUCGAAUGGCAAGAUCCCAAGACGGCCACUUCCCAAGUCUACCUUCAGCUGCACGAAGACAAGGUGAUCAAAGUGCUGGACAGCAAGCUGGCGGUGGUCCGGAGCAUCAAUCUGAAAAACCAGCAGCAGGUGGAGACGAUCUUGUCCAACAACAAAGGCAACAAGACCUUGCUCCUGAAGAUCCCCAAGGAAUAUGACCUGGUGUUGCAGUUCAGCAGUGAGGCAGAGCGCAGGGACUUCCUUGCGCAGCUCAAAGUCUACCUGGAGAGGAGCCGGCUGACCCUGCACGCGUCCGAGAUGAAGGAGCAGCAGUUGCUGAAGAAAGCCGUCACCAAAGAGCAGAGGAAGCACCUCCUGGACUUAUUUUUCCGGCAUUUAUUCGCCCAGGUCUUAGACAUAGACACACUGGAUGCUGGAGAGCUCAGCUUGGAGACAUCUCAGAAAGUCAAGGAAGCGCUGAAGUGUGAGCUGAGCCGAGCGGAGUUCGCAGACGCUCUGGGGCUGAAGCCCCAAUCCGUAUUCGUGGACUCCAUGUUCUCGAUGGCGGACAAAGACGGCAAUGGAUAUAUCUCCUUCAGGGAGUUCCUGGACAUCUUGGUGGUCUUCAUGAAAGGAUCUCCUCAAGAGAAGUCCAAACAGAUGUUCACAAUGUACGACAUUGACGGAAAUGGCUUCCUUUCCAAAGAAGAGUUCUACCGGAUGCUGAGGUCCUUCAUUGAGAUCUCUAACAACUGCCUCACCCGAGAUCAGACCGAGCAGGUCAUCGAGUCGAUGUUCAGAGAGUCGGGCUUCCAGGAUAAGGAGGAGCUGACCUGCGAGGAUUUCCAUUACAUGCUCCGCGACCAUGACAAUGAGCUCCGGCUCACCCAGCUCUGCGUUAAGGGUCAGGGUGGUGGUGGUGGGGAGGGCGGUCCUGACAGAUUCAGACAAAACAUGAGCAAUCGGGUCUCUUUCAUAAACAAGGACAAAGAAGCCAACUUGUUCCUAAACCAUGAAGACCAAACGGCACCACCUAUGGAAUCCCCGGGGCUAGAACUGCGGAAGCGGCCGGGCAAGAAAUCAUCUUUACUUCAGCCGCAUCUCUACACGGAGGCGCGGAGGGAGAAGUACCACCGGGGCUUAGUCCACCAGAAGAUCCAGCACUUCAAGCGCUUCAUCGAGAACUACCGCCGCCACAUCAUCUGCGUGGUGAUCUUCUCCGCCAUCACGGCCGGCGUCUUUGCCGAGAGGGCUUACUACUAUGGGUUUGCAUCGCCGCCCACCGGGAUCGCCGAUACGACUUUUGUGGGCAUCAUGAUCUCGCGGGGGGGAGGCGCCAGCAUCUCCUUCAUGUACUCGUUCAUCCUGCUCACGAUGUGCCGGAACCUCAUCACCUUCCUGCGGGAAACGUUCUUCAAUCGCUACAUCCCCUUUGACUCCGCCGUGGACUUCCACCGUUGGAUCGCUAUGGGGGCCCUGAUCUUCUCAAUCCUACAUACCCUGGGGCACAUCGUCAAUGUCUACAUCUUCUCGGUUACCCCACUCAGCGUCCUGUCUUGCCUCUUCUCUGGAGUCUUUCUGGAUGACGGGUCCCAGAUACCCCCUAAGUACUACUGGUGGUUUUUUGAGACAGUCCCAGGCAUGACUGGGGUGCUGCUGCUGGUCAUUCUCGCCGUCAUGUAUGUCUUUGACUUUCAGGGUUUGGUUAUCAUCCACGGCAGCUACGCUCUGAUCCAGCAGCCCCGUUUCCACAUUUAUUUCCUCGUCCCGGCUCUCAUCUACGGCACAGACAAACUCAUCAGCCUGAGCAGGAAGAAGGUGGAAAUCGGCGUGGUGAAGGCCGAGCUCCUCCCUUCAGGGGUCACUCACCUCCAGUUUCAGAGGCCCGAAGACUUUGACUACCGGUCCGGGCAGUGGGUGCGGAUUGCCUGUCUGUCUCUGGGCACCACCGAGUACCACCCCUUCACUCUGACCUCCGCUCCCCACGAGGACACGUUGAGCUUGCACAUCCGAGCAGCUGGACCCUGGACGACCCGACUUCGAGAGCUCUACUCCCCGGAAAGCGUGGCGGAAAUUGGCAGGUAUCCCAAGCUCUACCUAGAUGGGCCUUUUGGGGAAGGUCACCAAGAGUGGAACAAGUUCGAAGUGUCUGUGCUGGUGGGAGGAGGCAUCGGGGUGACCCCGUUUGCCUCCAUCCUCAAGGAUCUGGUCUUCAAGUCGUUGGUCGGCUCCAAGAUCCCCUGCAAGAAGAUCUAUUUCAUUUGGGUGACGCGGACGCAGAGGCAGUUUGAGUGGGUGGCCGACAUCAUCCGCGAGCUGGAGGAGAAAGACCAGCGCGAGCUGGUGUCCGUCCACAUCUACAUCACCCAGCUGGCGGAGAAAUUUGACCUGCGGACGACUAUGCUGUACAUCUGCGAGCGGCACUUCCAGAAGGUCCUGAACCGGAGCUUGUUCACAGGCCUGCGGUCCAUCACCCAUUUCGGGCGGCCGCCUUUCCUCCCCUUCUUCUGCUCCUUGCAAGAGGUGCAUCCGGAGGUUAAGAAGAUCGGGGUGUUCAGCUGCGGCCCUCCGGGCAUGACCAAGAAUGUGGAGAAAGCCUGCAAGAAGAUCAACAAGCGGGACCAGACCUACUUCGUCCAUCAUUAUGAGAACUUUUAAGCCUUCAGCUGACUCUGCCUGAUGUCCUGGGGGAAUGGCUGGCACCCUACCGUUUGCUGUACCCCCCACCCUGCUCCAGCUAUUUUUGUAACAGACACAACCCGUCACGUUUCCAGCAAGAGAAGUUUUUUGGGGGGAGGGGUUAAUAUUAAUAUCUGUAGUGCCUUGAAAACAAGGUUACUUCCGUCCAAAAAUGUCAGUGCCUAAGGAGUUUUGGGUACUUGGCUAGAAGAUUUAGCCAUGUUCAGACUGUCUGAAUGGAUGGUAACGGGAGUCACCCCAAAAAUAUAUGGUAGACGUCUCUCUGAAUAAACACCCUAUUUACCCAAAAGGAAGACUUGUAUCUUUCCCAUGUGUCAUCAGGGAAAAAGAGGGCUUCCUCUUAAAAUUCACGUACAAGUUACAGUUACGUACACUAAUUAAGGACCUUUUAUGUAUAAGCUUUAUUUUUUAAGGGGAUUGUCAUAGGUUCUGCGUCACCUUCCUUUUGGGUUAAUGCGGUAUCCUAACGCCACAAAGCCUAGAAGAAUUAACAAUAGGCCAAAAGGUUGUGCUGUCAUUGUUAUUGAUAGCAGAUAUAAGCUGACGCCAUUCUCUAGACAAAAGAGUUCUGUUUUCUGACUUUAAUUAGAUCUCUAUAGUUCUUCUUAAGGUUAAGCAGGUCCCUCAAAAUUUCGAUAGUAUUAUUGCUUUUGGACUCUUGAUGUUUCCGCUGGAUCUGCCUCUUAAGUCAUCUGCAAUCUCUAUUAAACCAUGAAGACACAUCGAGAUGGGUCGCUGUGUUAGUCUGUCUGUAGCGGUAGAAAAGAGCAAGGGUCCAGGAGCACCUUCAAGA